AUGGCGCAAGGACUGGACGGCAUUUUUGCAGAGCUAGGCAUCUCGCAGUACCUGGACAUCUUCCUGGAGCAAGGAUUCGAUACGUGGGAGACGAUACUGGACAUAACAGAGUCUGACCUGGACGCACUUGGAGUCAAACUAGGACAUCGACGUAAACUGCAGAGACGUAUUGCCAACUCGCGUGGCCUUGCCCCGGAUGCAUCACUAGUAUCGCCCACAAGAGCAAGUGCAGAAGAGUCAAAGCCUGAGACACAACGUCCUGAGCAACCCCGCCUCGAGGUCAAAGAGGGACCUGUUGCUACGAAGCGAAAGUAUCGACGUCACCCUAAGCCUGAUGAGAAUGCACCAGAGAGACCACCUUCGGCCUAUGUGCUGUUCUCAAACAAAAUGCGUGAUGACCUUAAAGGUCGGAACUUGACUUUUACCGAAAUAGCCAAGCUUGUCGGAGAGCAUUGGCAAAACUUGACUCCCGGCGAGAAAGAGCCAUACGAAACUUCUGCCUUAAAGGCAAAGGAGAAAUACAACCACGACUUGGCCGAGUACAAAAAGACAACAGAGUAUAGGAAAUACAACCUGUACUUACAAGAUUUCAAGGCACGGCAAGCCUCCGCAAAUCAAGGUGCGUGGAGGUUUGUCGCUUCGAAUGGCUGUUCAACUGACCUCGAUCCAGCAAAAGAGUCGUCGAAACGUCAAAAGCUCGAUUCGGGGGCUCGUCUGCAAAAUGGAGGGAGCGCGAGUGCCACACCCGGGAGCCUCAGUAGCACCGGGAGUGGUACUGAGAGUCACCAAGGAAGCGAGCCUCCUCCUAAUCGCAAGCAGCGUGUAGGUUCCGUGGUGUCGGUAUCCGAAUCUCAAUACUCGACAGCCGUGCCGACCCCAAUUUCCCAUCAUCAUCCCAACGAUGAUUCCGUACAUUCCCCUGCCAGCGUCCAAUUCGAUAGAGAGAGCUUGCACUCCACAAGUCCCCGUACUGCUCAAAAUCGGAACCAUCGCCCAACAUGGACAGAAGCCCCAGUCAGACCAGAGCCAGUCGCACUUCCGCAUCUUCCUUCACUCUCGGAUGUGUUCAAUAACGGACGAAGCUUGAACGGUGUCUCCAGGUCCCCUGAGGCAAACGGCUUUGGAGGCUUCGCGCCCCCAACACACGCUGGCCCUUCCGCGCCGCCAUCGUUGAAGCACGAAUAUUCUUCCGCAGGGAGCAUUUCAUCGUCCGGUUCUGGGCUGUCUUUCCCCCGGACACCAGGUGAAUCCUCGCUACCGAUUCAUGCGUUGUUGUCGAACACGACCUUGCCCGGUUCUAUUUUCGAACUGCAACCCUCCCCGUUCUCGACUGUGCCGCCUACUGGACCCCCACCCCUCCAGGAACAAAAGCCGCCCUUCGCCGGGCAGCCACAAGCUCCGAUUGGGGCAUCGAAUGGUACUCACAGUCAACCCAAGCAAGGCUUUCCCCAGAGGCUAAUGAGGUUUCAAGGUUACCAAUCCCCACCUGCCUUACUGAGAUUCCAGUCUACCUCCUCAACGGGGACUGAUGGAUCAAACGUGUCGCAAGCAUCAUCGGGUGCUUCUUCGUCGACGUCGCUCGGUGUUCAGGAGAGGAAUGAUCCGAAGCUCGAUGGUAUGAGCGCGUUGGUGCGGGCGGGCGAAAUCGUGAACCGUCGUGUUCAGUAAGCGGACUCGAGUUUCGAUGCUAGGUCGGCGACUUCGUAUUACGAUGCUCGGAUGCGCGCAAUCUGCUAAUCUGGGCUUCGAGUCCCGUCUCGUAUGUUUGGCUGUGAUUUUAUUCGGUUGUUUUUUCGUUGAUGGCAUCAGCGUUUUGGUCAAGACCAGCCUGGUUGGCUGAGGUCGGUGUGUUUGAUUACUUGAAUACCCUCAUGAAUUGGCAUCGUUUGGGAAUCUUAUUUGAGGUGGCGCAACUGGAUAGUCAUGGCGUUUUUUGAUCGUUUGGAUUUGACAAUUGUUUGUCGUCCCAAUGG